GUAUGUCUGUGAGCUGGGGGCAGUUUGAGAACAUUCAGCAGUAGUGACUGCACUGCUUAGCUGCAUUUUCACAACAGAUCUGGGGCAAGGGUGCAGCAGGCCAUGCCUAAAUACACAAAGAGACUAGGGGAGAUAAUGGUGCCCAGCUACUCUUAGGAACUGAAGAGCUAUAGCUGUCCAUGAUUUCACUGCCAGACAGUCUCUGUCCUUGCUAACAGAGAGCAGUGUGGAGUUGUCUUUGCUUCUAUUAUAAUCUUUUUUUAAUCAUCUUAACUUUUUUUCAAACAUGGGGUGCUCCUCAUCCAGUGCACAGACUAUUGAUCAAGAGAAGAAACCAGGUACAAAACCAGAGGAAAGCAAUGGAGACGCAGUGGUCAGAAACGGUAUCAUCGCAGAAGAUGCACAAACCAUCGAGGACCAGAUGCAGUUGCCUGUGCAAACUGCCUUACCAGACGAUCUUCAACCGGGAGUCGAUGAUGAGGCGGAAGCCGUGUUGAUAGCCCUGGAGGCCCAGGAGGAUCUCGGCUCUGGGGAGGACCUCCUGGCUGUUCCACAGGCUGAGCUUCAGCUAGAACUUGUUGCCCCUGCAGAGCCAGCUCCAGAGCCUGCUGCUCCAGAGCCUGCUGCUCCAGAAGGUGCUGCUCCAGCUGAAGCCACCACUGAACCUGAGGCUGCUGUAGAGGUGGUGGAGGCACUAGCCCCUGUAGAGGAAGCCGCGGCUGUAGAAACUGUUGUGGUUGAGGCCGCCCCUGAGCCUGAAGCCAUCGUUGAGGCUACAGAGGAGGCUCCUGCUGCUGAAUCUGUUGUGGCUGUGCAGGCAGAGGCCCCUGCUGUUGUUGAGGAGGUGGCCCAUGUGCCAGCUGAGGCCUCUUCUGAAGCCACUCCUGCUGUUGAACCUGUUGUAUUGGAACCAGCAGAGACCCCAGUGGUUGUGGAAGAAGCAGCAGCAGCUGUGGUAGCUGAAGCCCCUGCUGAAGUGGCUACUCCUGUUGACACAGAGGCUCCAACUGACAAUGUUGCAGCAAUUACUGCCUCUGCAGCAACACAUGAAUCCUCAGAAACAGGUGAAGCUGCAGCACCAGGUCCAAGUGAGGCUGAAGCCGCAGUAGAAGGUGUAGCACCAAGUGAAGCUGCAGCACCAAGUGAAGCUGCAGCACCAUGUGAAGCUGCAGCACCAUGUGAAGCUGCAGCACCAAGUGAGGCUGCAAUCCCAGGGGAAGGCGUAGUACCAGAUGAGGCUGCAACCCCAGGUGAAACUGCAGCACCAAGUGAAACUGCAGCACCAAGUGAAGCUGUAGCACCAAGUGAAGCUGUAGCACCAAGUGAAGCUGCAGCACCAAGUGAAGCUGCAGUCCCAGGAGAAAGCGUAGUACCAGAUGAGGCUGCAGCCCCAGGUGAAAGUGUAGUACCAAGCGAGGCUGCACCACCAAGCGAGGCUGCAGCCCAGAGUGAAGGCGUAGUAGCAGAUGAGCCAUCAGCACCAAGUGAAGCUUCAGCUCCAGUUGUAUCCUCACCUGUACCUGUAGAGGCAUCGGAGCUUGUAAUAGAUGCAGCGAUUGCUGUAGCAACUAUCCCAGAGAUGCCUCCAUUAUCUCCAAUUAAGGCCCAAGCUGAGCCUCAGCCUGUUGUUGAAGAGGCAACAGUACCUCCUGUAGCCCCUGCUGAAACUGCUCCACCAGCAGAUGCACCCUGCCCUACAGAAGCCACCCCUGCUCCAGCUGCUGCUGAACCGGUCCAGGAGGCCGAGGUUCCCGCAUCUACACCAGUGGUUUCAGAAACUUCUUCUGAAGCAGCCCCAGAAGCUCCACCAGCAACUGUGAUCUCAGAGUCUGCGACAGACAGUGCAUCACCUUCGGCACCGGCCUCUGAGCCCACGCCUGAAGCAGUGUCUGCAGCUGAUGCCUCUCAGGAUGCAGAGAGCGAGAAAGCCAAAGAGGAUUGAAUUGAGAGAAGAGAUUCACCAAAAUAACAAAGAAUCCCAAAUCUACCAUUCUAAGGCAACUGGAAGAAAAACAAGACAAAGCAACAAACUUCACAUUUUCAGUAUUGAUCAGUGCUCACCAAACUGUACAUCAGAUACAUUAAUAUGCACGGUGCCUUAAUAACAUAUCAUUUAAGGAAAGAUCAGGAUUUUUCCUACAUUUGUAAAUAUAAACUAAGUUUUUAUACUGAGACCUUACGUGCCUGGAGCCACAUACUCUACAUGCAUGCCUAUGUGAAGAAAAUGCUCUAAAAACACAUAGGACAGGUUGGAUGAGACAACAGGGUGCAAUAUCUUGUGAAAUCUGUGAACUCUUAAUGGCAGUGUGAUGAACUAGGGCACAAUGUUUGCUAAGGAAAUCCUUGGAUAUUUAAAAUAGCUGCUUCUGGGGAAUACAAACCAAACACAACUGUGAGUAAAACUAUGCAUACAGCUUAUAGUGACGGAAACACCAAACACGCGCUGGCUAGGUUUACAGUGCCAGCCUAAAAUUCAAUUUUUAUCACUUAUAUGAGAAGGAUUACAUUUUCAUUGAUUGAAUUUAAAGUUUUAUGAAGUGUAAACUCUGCCAUAAAUCCACAUUUUAGUUUGGUGUUGUUUACACAUUAUUUAAUCACAGCCUUUCUAAUAAGGUUGAUGUAAUUAAUAGGAAUGACGGUACUAAAUGUCAAGUAACAGAGAGUACAGUGUAAUACUGAUAAGCACUACUGUAAGUCGACUCCAUGUUUCCUUAAGCAUGCAUACAAACGAUAUCCAAAAGAUUAGUAAUGACAUACUGAAUCAUUGCCAGGUUGAGGAUGCAGAUGAUCCAGGUACUGAUACUGUAUGUCAUCCACAAAGCCAUUUUUAUGCAGCUGUACUACAGCUGACAAAUGUUCAUAAUAUUCUCUUUCUGAAAAUAAAAGUGUUUCCAACUAUAGAUUUUAAAGCAUCAUGAGGCCUGGCAACACUGAUGUUAUAUGCAUAUGGGUUUGGUUUGAGUGCAUUAAAUACAUGUGUAGCACAGUAAGAGAUCACCUAGUGAAAAUUUUAAAUUAUCAUUAGUUCUGCUGUGUUGUAAAGGUCUUCAAAUGAUUGUAAAUGAUUUUCAAAUGUGCAACAUGUGAUGGACGUUGUGGGAACAAUUUUUUUUUAUGUCUGAUAUCUUUUUUUCAUCUGUUUCUUUCCUGUAAUAUUCCUUUUCUGAACUUUGUCUCUGAUUCUGCUAACCUAGUGUACAGAAUAAAGUUUUACUCACUAAUGAUAUGUGCUUUUUUAUAUGAAAUGGAAGUGUGUUUUAGUGUAUGGCAGCCACCAUGUUUAUAAUACUCCCAAUGCAUGUUUAAUUCAAACGAGCAUUCAUGAAAAAUGCAAACAUACACAGUACAGUGUGCUGCGUGACAGUAUGACCUUUAAAAGAGUUGUUUUUCAUCAUACCGCCUGCAGUCUCAUCGCUUUUAAAACAACACAUUUACAUUCAUCUAGAUUUGUUCUGGAACAGUUUCAGCUACAUAUUUAUCCACUAUACUCCUCUAUGACUUACUGUGGUACGCAGAAACUGUGAAAGUAGUCCCUGGCAAUUUAAAUUGGUAAUAACAUUAUGUGCACACACAUGCCCAGGCUCAACCUCAUCAUUAAAACUAAGUUCAUAUAUUCCCCAUGUUUGAGAUGAUGCAACUCACAUAUUAGUAUACUGUACCAUACAUAUAAUGUGGUGUGUAGCCUAAUCAUCUUAGAAAACAAAUGUUUUUAAUAUUUAGAUGGAACAAAAUUGUGAGGAUAUCCAGCCUUCCACAGAAUGUGUUAACCUAUCCCACUUAUACAAACUCAGGACCAGAGGUGAAUCUUUUUCAAGAGAAAGAAGACUAUUUGUCUUUCUCUGAGGACUAUUUCUCUGUUUAAUGAGUUAAUGAGUUAAGUCAGAUAAAUUAAAUAAUAUUUGAUGAACUCUCUAUGCCUAUAGUAUAAGCCAAAGAUCAUUGGUUAGACAUUCUAACAUUGGUUAGAACAGGAAUGCUGUAAUCUAUCAUCUAGCAGCAUAGUCCAUAUGUCUUCAUGUAUUAAUGGCUCUCUAGCCUGUACAUCCUGUUGGCAUCAACACAUAUCCAGUAUAUGAAAACCAAUCAGGAAGAAAGAAGAAAAACAAGAAACACAUAUCACCAAGUGAUCAAUUACAUAUGCUUUUGUUGAUAUCAAGGAAACAAUCCAUUUAAGCAAAUUAAAAACAUUUAUUAUUGAGUUUGAUUACACGAUGAGUGUGGCAAACUGAGAGAGGAUACAUCGCCAUGGGAAUGGCUGGCAGUGUAAUUCAAUAAGUGCCAACAAGCUUAGAUACUUAACAGCUAUUGUAGGUGAAAUAUGAGCAGAGGGAAUUUAAAAUGCCACGUUGUCUCCAAACACGUCUCAUCAAUGUUAAUGAGGGAGGAGAAAGUGCACUGAGCCUGACUGCUGCUAGUCUGCCAGGUGACCCACAACAUGAUUAUGACAGUGCUAAAUCACUUAAUGCCUUACAAAAUAUGAUAGAUCUGUAAAUUAAAGUGCUACACAGGAAUGAUGUUUAGUCAAUUUGUGACUAGUCUACAAAACAAGGCACGUCCUGUAUGUUUAAUAUGAUUGUGGAUUUUCCAGUUGUUGUUGGGUUUUUUUUUAGAUAUGUACUUGUUAGGAAGCAUUAGUCAGAGGGCCUAAUACGGCAACUGCUUCGAUCUCAA